AUGCCGCCACGACGCUCCACAAGGGCAGCCCCGGCAGCUUCUUUAGCCCCGGCAACCAAGACGACAGCGAAGAGAUCGACACGGGCCAAGAAGGAGCCGUCACCAGAAGUAUCAGGCGAGGAGGACGACCUCGACUCGGUAUCUGCUGCUGAGGACCACGACGACGAUCAGGAAGAGGAGGAAGAGGAAGAGGAGGAGGAUGUGAAGCCAAAGAUCAAGAGGGGCGCAAGCAAAGCAAAGCCGAAAGCCAAGGCUGCUCCUGCCCCCGCACGCCGAAGCGCGAGAGCUUCAGUUGCGUCCGUCGCUUCUGAGCCAGAGCACACGGAAUCUGAAGAUGAGCUCGAGCUGCCACCGCCAAAGCCCAAAAGCAGAUCCAAGAAGGCUGCCCCAGCUCCGAAACCCAGACCAGAGACGCCCGAGAUGACAUCGGAGGAUGAGGAUGAAGCAGAGGAAGAGCUGCAGAGUGCCCUGCGAGGUCAGCGAGGGACCGUCACACCUUCAGAACCGGCUACGCCGACUCCUCAUUCGCGGACUCUUCCUCGGGAGCAGAGUACGACCCCUCGGGCGGGUACAAAUGCUGCUGGUGCCCCCGAAAUCAAUGUUGAAGCGCCCGCGGAUGGUACCCCUCGACCCAGCACGCCCAGCAAGAUGCCCCCUCCCCAAACACCCUCCCAACCCCAGCGCACUCCCCUCUCACAGCCGGAUCCUGCCCCUCCACCAGCACCUUCCGGCCCCAAGCCCAGGUUGACCAUCCACAAAAUCGUGCUUGUCAACUUUAAAUCCUAUGCCGGCCGACAGGAGAUUGGGCCUUUCCACAAGUCAUUUUCAGCGAUUGUUGGGCCGAAUGGAAGCGGUAAAAGUAAUACAAUCGAUGCGUUGCUUUUCGUGUUCGGUUAUAGGGCGAGCAAGAUGAGGCAGGGAAAGCUCAGUGAGCUUAUUCACAACUCGGCAAAGCAUCAAGGAUUGGAGAGCUGUUCAGUAGAGGUGUGGUUCAGGGAGAUUGUUGAUCUCCCCGGGUCUGACAAAUUCCUCCUCGUGCCCAACUCGCAAAUCAUCGUCAACCGAACCGCCUUCCGCAACAACUCGUCCAAAUACACCAUCAACGACCGUUCCAGCACCUUCACCGAAGUCACCACUCUCCUCAAAGGCAAAGGUAUCGAUCUCGACCACAAUCGAUUCCUUAUCUUGCAAGGUGAAGUCGAGAGUAUCGCCCAGAUGAAGGCCAAGGCGCAGAAUGAGCAUGAGGAUGGAUUGUUGGAGUAUUUGGAGGAUAUCAUUGGGACGACAAAGUAUAAGGAGCCGAUUGAGCAGGCGAGUUUGGAGGUGGAGGCGUUGAAUGAGGAGAGGGGAGAGAAGAUGAAUAGGUUGAGGGUUGUUGAGCGAGAAAAGGCUGCUCUUGAGAGCAAGAAGCAGGAGGCUGAGGAUUAUCUUCGAAACGCCAACGAACUCACUCGAAAGAAGUCUUUGCUCUAUCAGAAGCACAUGUACACUCUUCAAAGCAACAUCGACAUCACCACCAAAGCCAUCGAAAACCUCACCGCCCAACUAACCUCCGAACAAGAGCUCAAUGCCGACCAUCUGGCCACCAUCGAUGCUCUCCAAAAAGAGUAUGACGAGCAAGUCGCUGCUUUUGCUGAGGUCAAGAAACAUACGGAUACAUUGACCAAGGAGGCCAAGAAGAUUGAGAAAGAGGAAGUCGGGUUACAGGAGAAGAAGAAGCAUUUGGUCACAAAGCAAAAGAAGUUUAAGAAGAGUAUCACAGACGAUGGACACGCCAAGUCUGAGGCUCAAGCGACUAUUGAGAACUGCACCGAGCAAUUGGAAAAGAACCGUAUCAAGGUAGCAGAACUCGAAGAGAAGCUUGAGGCGGAACAGGCCGAGCACGAGGAAAUCGUCGAGAGCUUGAAAGACAAGACUUCCGUCUUCACCACUCAAAUUGAAGCCAAGCAACGCGAACUCCAACCCUGGAACGACCAAAUCCGCGAAAAGCAAGGUCAAAUCGACGUCGCUACAUCCCAUCGCGAUGGUCUUGCUGAGAAGGCUACUUCUAAACAAGGUGCUUUGGACGAUGCUAGGGAGAAUCUCAAGUCGUUGAAAGAGGGUGGGGAGGGCAAGCAUGAGGAUUACGGGAGGUUGAAGAAGGAGGCUGUAAGGGUCAAGAAGGCUAUUGCCGAUGGCGAGGCGAAACUCGAGGAUCUUACCGGCAAAUGGGAAGGAGUCCGAGCCAAAGUCUCAAACUCCCGCCACAAGGCCGAUGAAGCCAAGGCCUCCAUGGCAGCCGACAGGAGCGAGAACGCUGUUCUUAGCAGUCUCAACAAGCUCCGCGAUCAAGGCCGUAUCAAGGGCUUCCACGGCCGACUCGGUGAUCUCGGUGUCAUUGACGACAAGUACGAUGUUGCCGUCACCACUGCUUGUCCCACGCUCAACAACUUGAUUGUUGACACGGUCAAGCAGGGUGAAGCUUGUAUCGACUUUUUGCGAAAGGGCAAUAUCGGGCGAGCAAAUAUUAUGGUGCUCGAGAAGCUUCCUGCUAGGGUUCCUGCUGCUAUCCAGACUCCAGAGAACGUCCCCAGGUUGUUUGACCUCAUCAAGCCCAAGGACGCCAAAUUUGCCCCGGCAUUCUUCAAGGGACUGGGCAACACCCUUGUUGCCAAUGACCUCGAGCAAGCACAGCGAAUUGGGUUUGGCAGCUCGCAGCGAUGGCGAGUUGUGACCCUCGGUGGACAGUUGAUCGACCCCUCUGGUACCAUGUCUGGUGGUGGUAACCGCGUCGCUCGAGGCGGCAUGUCAUCCAAGUUCAAAGCCGACAAGGUUGCGCCCGAAGUCGUCGCCAAGUUUGAACAAGACACGGCGGCUGCCGAGGCAGAUCUGGCGAAAGCGCAGGAAGAGAGAAAGGCGGUGGUGGCGGAGCUGCAAGAGUGGAAGAAGAGGCUGCCGCAGAUCGAGAUGGAGAUGAGCAAGAUUGAGCUGGAUGUUGCUACCUCUGGAAAGAGAGUGGAGGAAGCUGAAAGGAGGUUGGCAGAGCUGCAGUCUGAGAGCAAGCCGAUAGCGGCUGAUGAGAAGCGCAUCAAAGAACUCGAUGCCGAAAUCGCCUCUCUGACAAAGGAGACUGACAAGCUUCGCACAAAAUCAUCUGCCAUCAACGACGAGCUCAAAUCUCUCCAGGAAAAGAUUCUCGAAGUCGGUGGUGUGCGUUUGCGUGCUAUACAGUCCAAGGUUGCCACCACCAAGGGCCUCGUCGACCUCGCCAACGACGCCAUCACCAAAGCCGAAGUCGGACAGGCCAAAGCCGAGCGUGAUGUGGAAAAGCUGGGCAAGGCCAUCAUCAAGAAUCAAACCACCUUGGAGGAGGUGGAGGGCGAACUGGAGCAGGUGGAAGCUGACCUGGCCAGUUGUACGGCGGAUCUGCAGACUCUGAGAGAGAGGGUUCAGGAGGCCGUGGACUCCAGCGAGGAUGUGAAGGAGGCGUUGGAGCAGAGCAAGCAGGAAUUGGAUGAGAAGAUGCAAGGGAUCAACGCCUUCAGAGCGCUCGAGAUGGAACUGAAGCAGAAGAUCGACGACAGUACAAGGUCUCAGAAAGACAGCAAAGACAAGUACAAGCACUGGCUGAAGAGGCACGAAACUUUGGAACUGGUGUAUAUCGAUGAGGAAGAUGAAGACGAGGAAGAAGGCGGUGAGGGUGCGCCCAAGGAGACGGAAGAUCCUGCCGAACCCGUUAAGGAAGGUGAAGGUGCCGAAGACGCCGAAGGCGCCGGGGAAGGUGCAGAGCCCGAAGCAAAGAAGAAGGCGCCCGCCAAGAAGAAGCAUCAAGACAGCAUGGAGCUUGCAGAGUACUCGCCUGACGAGUUGAUGGAUGUGGACAACGCAGUGCUUAGUGCCGAGAUUGCUGCUCUUGAAGACGAGACAAGUAAAGCUCGACCAAACCUCAACAUCCUCGCCGAAUACCGACGCCGAGAAGCCGAGUUCCUCGACCGAGCCAAGGACCUCGAGCGUGUCACUGGUGGUCGCGAUGCCGCAAAGUCGAGGUACGACGACCUGCGCAAGGUUCGUUUGGAUGAGUUCAUGGCGGGCUUUACGGCCAUCACUGCCAAGUUGAAGGAAAUGUACCAGAUGAUCACGAUGGGCGGUAAUGCCGAGAUUGAGUUGAUCGACAGUAUGGAUCCGUUCUCCGAAGGUGUUGUCUUGUCCAUCAUGCCUCCCAAAAAGUCUUGGCGGGCUAUUGCCAACCUGUCUGGUGGUGAAAAGACCCUCGCUUCCCUUGCCCUCGUUUUCGCUCUGCAUGUCUUCAAGCCCACACCGCUUUACUUUAUGGACGAAAUUGAUGCCGCGCUGGAUUUCAAGAACGUCUCGAUUGUAGCCAACUACAUCCAGUCAAAAACUCAGGCCGCGCAAUUCAUUGUCAUCUCACUCCGUAAUGACAUGUUCGAACUCGCUCAUCGUCUGGUCGGUAUCUACAAGACAGAUAACUGCACGAAGAGUCUUGCGAUCGAGAACAAAGACCUGCGUCUCCAAGCUCGUCCCAAACGUGCUGCAAACGUGCCCCCAACACCAUCUGUCGGAGGCGGAGCUGUACCAGCAACACCCGCGUUCCGGAGACAACCUGUGAACGUCGUCAGGGCGCAGGCUGAGGAAAAAGAAGACCCGAGCACGCCAGGGACAGUCGUAGGGUGA